AUGUCCAAAAGAUUUUAUUUCGGCGGCGAUGAUUCUUCUGCCUCUUCAGACGACAACCUCCCAUACCCAAAACCCCUUACUCGCGCGUCUUUUCUGACUCCUAGUUUUGACCCUGCAACCUUUUUGUCUACCCUUCACAAUCGACACCAAACACUCGAAGAUUUGCGCGCUGAGCUCCGGACUCGAAGCCAGGACCUCAACAAAGAACUACUCGAUCUCGUCAAUGAGAAUUACCAGGAUUUCUUAAGUUUAGGGAGCAGCUUGAAAGGUGGCGACGAGAAGGUCGAAGAGGUGCGGCUCGGAUUGUUGGGAUUUAGAAGGGAGGUCGAAGGCCUCAGGGGCAAGGUAGAUGGAAGAAGGCAAGAGGUAGAGGAGCUGGUGCACGAGAGGAAGAGGAUCAGGGAGAGUGUGCAAGUAGGAAGACGAUUGUUGGAAAUCGAAAGGAAAAUUGGAGAGUUAGAGGGUCGGCUAAUGCUCGCCUCAACCAUUCCUCAGAAGGCAGCGGUCAAUGAAGAGGAAGUAAUCCCGAGCGAAAGCGAGGAAGAGAGUGAUGAAGAGGAAAGCAACGGGAUUAGCAUCCCCCGAUUACAAAGGCACAUGGAGCAAUACCUGUACAUCAAGGGCUCGAUGGAAAGAAUCGGACCAGAACAUCCGUUUCUCAUAAAGCAGGAGGAGAGGGUGCUAAGGCUGAAGCAGACGGUGCUACUGGAUCUGAAUAGCGCGCUGAAGCAGGCUGUUGCAGGCGGCGAGAACAUGAGAGGGGAAUUGCUGAAGCUUCUGGGGAUAUACAAACAGAUGGGCGAAGCAAGUGAGGCCAUGCAAGUAUUGAAAGAAUCAAAACGGUAA